CCUGUUUGCAAAGUCUGAUACCUACCGCUGGCCUCACUUUCUCGUCUUCUCGGAGAAGCUUCGGCGGCUAGGUUACGGCCGGCCGCCGCCCGGCGUUUCGUCCCUCUCUCUCUCUCCCGCACGCGGCGGAGGGCAUGGACACCGGCGAAGAAUCAGCGACGGCGGCGGGGGCGGGGGCGGCAGUGGCGAUGGAGCUGGACUUCUCGCGCGGCGGCGUGGUGCCCAGCUUCGACUUCGCGUUCGAUUCGGCCACCUUCUCCGACAGGGUGCUGCGGAUAGAGAUCGUCGGCGGCGGCCCCGCGCCGGGAUCUUGCGGAGGAUCUUCUGCCAACCAGGAGCGCCGCCGCGAGGAGCAAGGUGAGAAAGAACAGAGUGUUGACUCUUCAUCGAUGAUGGUGGGUACACCAGUUUUACGAGAAAAAAACAUUCAUAUCAAUUCAGCGAUUCUUGCUUCAAGAAGUCCUUUCUUUCUAAAGUUUUUCUCAAAUGGCAUGAAAGAAUCUGAUCAGACGAAUCCAACAAUUAGGAUUACUGAUUCAGAGGAAAAUGCUUUUAUGGAGCUCUUAAGCUAUAUGUACAGUGGAAAGUUGACUACAGCUGAGCCCACUCGUCUGCUCGACAUCUUGAUGGCUGCAGACAAGUUCGAGGUUCUUUCUUGCAUGAGGCAUUGCAGUCAGCUGCUCAUAAGCUUGCCUAUGACCACAGAAUCUGCACUGCUCUACAUAGACCAUCCUUGUUCUGUUUCAAUGGUCAAUGAAGUUCGGCCUUUGAUAGAUGCAUCCAAGGAAUUCCUUGCCAACAAGUACAAGGAUUUUUAUGAGUUUAAAAGUGAGCUGAUGAACAUUUCUCUUGCUGGGAUAGAAGCCAUAUUUUCAAGUACUGACAUACAAGUGGAAACUGAAGAUGACGUAUAUUACUUCAUGCUUGACUGGGCCCGUGCACGAUACGUAGAAUUGGAGGAAAGACGUAAGAUCUUGAGUUCUCGUUUACUUCCUCUGGUACGCUUCAGUCAUAUGACGUGUAUGACACUUCAGGAGAUAUUAGCAAGCACUGAUAAUGAUAUAGAUCGCGAGCAAGUAACUCAUCGUAUUGCUGAGGCACUUCUACCCAAGGCUUACCCGAAGCAGUUGGAAGGUGCUCUUGCAGCAGAGGUAACAACUUGUUCGCGAUUUGCUGAGCGAGCAUACGAGUACAAACCUGUGAAAUUGGUUGCCUUUGAUCAACCCUGCCCACAGAUUAUAGUUUACUUGGAUCUAACACGCGAUGAGUGCUCCCAACUCUUCCCGUCUGGGCGUAUAUGCCCGCACCCAUUCCGGCUUCUAGGAUGGGGCUUUUAUCUGAUGGCAACCUGUGAAAUGGAUGAGCAGAGUAAGUUGUGCAGCUUUGGCCUCUGGUUAGGAGUCGCCAAAAAUAUGAAGGGAUCAUCAUGUUUCAUGGUAGAUUACGAGUUUGCCGCAAGGAAAAGAUCGUCAGGAAAGUUUGUGCGCAAAUUGGAGGGUAAGAUCUCCACCACUGACGAGACACAUGGAUGCAGUGAUCUAUUUGGCAUUCCAUGGUCGACGUUCAUUGCCAACGACAACCUCUUCAUCAACGGCGUGCUGCAUCUGAGAGCUGAUUUGAGGGUGUUGCUGGGGCAGCCAAAACUACAAGCUUGAUGAUAUCUCACUCAGCAGCAAAGUCAGGUCCAUCGGUCCAAUGGGAUUUCAGUUGUUGGCUUGGAAUGUUGGCAGCGUGGAGUUCUUUUUAGUCGCUCAUCCUUAUGUGGUCUCAUUUCAUUAUUUUGGUGUCUGUGCUGGAAAACUUGGCUUGCCUGAAUGAUGUAAGGAGGCUAGCUCUUACCUGCAAUGAGAGACUUGAAAACUGUGGCGAUAUCUAGCUUUUUUUCUUUGUAAAA